AUGUCUCGUGUGACCCGCUAUGCAAAGACCGCCGACGUGGACAGCUUGGAGAAGCUUAGUCUCAAGCUGACCGCCGACCUGCGCAACCACAUUCGAUUUCUUGGCGACUACCCCGUGCUGUCGGCUGAGUGGAGGGAAAUGGCGCGCAACAUGAUGCGAUUUGGCGAAAUCUCGGAAAUGGAACGGCACAUGCCCAAGCAAGACAAUGCAACGUUGUGGGAGUGCGAAGAACUAGCAUUGCGCUACAUCCUCGAAGACGGCAAACUCAACCUCUGUCUUCGUCUUUUGGUCGAAUACAAGGAUUACGAACAUGGCAUCAGCCAACGCGACCUCGACCCCGAGGCAAAGGAGUUGAUAAGCCAGUUCGAACGCGGGCUUGGCGUCAUGCUCAAGAACGCGUGGCUCCACGUCGAAGCGUUGCAGACGACAGACUUGCCGCUUCUGUUGGAAUACGUGGCGGGGGUGCUCACGUUUUGCGAAGAAGAACCGGCGUAUGUCGAAAAGAAGGACUUGGUUGACAGCCAAGAAAUUCUCGUCGUGUACUAUCUGCAUGGGCUGUUGAAGCAACUGGAACAUAUUUCCGAAGACAGGGUCAUGCCGUUGGUUUUGGAGAAACAGCUCUUUGCGCUGCUUGCGUCGCACAUCCAACGUCACUGGAAAUCGUUUUCUGACACGGAUGUGAUCGUGGCGUGUGAAGUGCUGGCAUUGCUCUGCGACACGGAGGACUUUCAAACCCACGGGCCGUCGUACGUGUCGUCGGCUCAAACAUGUCGCGACUUGCGGGCGAUCCAAGAAGACAUAUUAGACGGAUUGAUGGAAGACUUGGACAUGCGAAAGAAACUUCGUCCGCUCUUGGACGUAGUUAACGAGUUUGCCAGUGGGCGCAAGUAG